CGACGUCACAAUGGAACAGAGCAUGCGCAGAAGACUCUUGAAAGCAUUCCCUGCGGUCCAGAUAGCAAAGGCCUCGGCUGGUGCACAGCGGAGGAAACAACGGUCGCCUGUAGAUUUUUCCCUCUCUAGGAAAGAGAACUCUACCUCUAGGAGGUCCAGCCUCUAAGAGGCCGGGACGGCGCGUGAAAUUUUGGCGGGAACGAUUUUCAGUUGCUCUGCUGAGGCGGAAAAGCCCUGAGGGAGCCUCCCCUUCUCUCCCACCCCCGUCAAACCGGGAAAGGGGCAGGGGGGGUGGGGGAGGGUCCGCCGUGACCGAAGGCGGCCUCUGAGGAAAUUUCCUCACCGUCGGGGCUGCGCUGAAGCCGGAGACCGAAUGGAGGCCCGGGGGUCUCCUUUGAAAGCGGGGAGCGGCCUCCCCGAGGAGCCCCGCAGCUCCGAGGCUGAGCGCUGGCGGUUCCGCAGCUGCCGCUCCCUGGAAGCCGAGGGGCCCCGGGCGCUCUGCAGCCGCCUGCACGGGCUGUGCCGGGGGUGGCUGCGGCCCGAGCGGCGCAGCAAAGCCGAGAUGCUGGACCUGGUGGUGCUGGAGCAGCUGCUGGCCCUGCUGCCCCCGGAGCUGUCGGGCUGGCUGAGGGAGUGCGGGGCGGAGAGCUGCGCCCAGGCGGUGGCCCUGGCCGAAGGCUGCCUCCUCGGCCCACCAGCCGCCCCGGAGUCCGGAAAGGGGCGGCAGAUGCAGGAGCUGUUCACAGGAGAGAUCUCAGCAGAGCUACAGGAAGGAGGAAAUCGAUGCAGUCCUUCUCAAGAGUUGCUUUUCAGGAGGUCCCAACUUGGACCAUUUCAGCAGUGCUCUGACCCCUUUGAGGAGGUCACUGUGGAUUUCACAGAAGAGGAAUGGGCGCUGCUGGAUUCUGGUCAGAGAGCCUUGUGCGCAGAAGUCACGUUGGAGGCUUUUAGGAAUAUUAUUGCCCUUGCAGGUGAUGUAAUGGAGAUGGAGAAGCAGGAGUGGUUAAUGUCGCUGCCAACAGCAAACUAUGAAGGAGAAGUGAUAUUUGACCAUCAAACAAAUCUAAAAAGACAAGAAAGAAGCCACUCAGAAGGUGGAGUAGAAAAGUCCUCCACAUCUCAUCAUUUCUUUUCUCUUACUUUAUCUGAGAACCUUUAUAGUCAACACAAACCACAAAGUAUUGUAAACUUGGGGGAGGAUACCAGUUUGAGUAGAGAGACUAAAAUAUGCACAAAAUGUGGAAAGAGCUUUGGUAGUAAUGCUAGCCUUAAUGGCCAUCAAAGGAUCCACACAACUGAGAAACCAUAUAGUUGCGAGGAAUGUGGAAAGGGCUUUGCUUUAAUAGGAAAACUUAAUUCUCAUAAAAGGAUGCACACAGGAGAGAAACCAUAUAAAUGCACAGAGUGUGGAAAGAGCUUCUGUAGCAAUGCUAGCCUUAAUGGCCAUCAAAAGAUCCACAUAACUGAGAAAUCAUAUAGCUGUGUGGUAUGUGGAAAGGACUUUGAUUUAAUAGGAAAACUUAAUGCUCACGAAAGGAUUCACACAGGAGAGAAACCAUAUAAAUGCACAGUGUGUGAAAAGAGCUUCCAUUUCAGGCCUAGUCUUAUACGACAUGAGAGGAUCCACAGAAGGGAGAAAAAAUACAGGUGUAACAAGUGUGGAAAGAGAUUCUUUGAGAACAGAGCCCUUACUACCCAUCAAAGGAUCCACACAGGGGAGAGACCAUAUAAAUGCCUGGAAUGUGGAAAGAGCUUUUUUGACAACAAAGUUCUUACUCGUCAUCAAAGGAUCCACACAGGGGAGAGACCCUAUCAGUGUCUGGUGUGUGGAAAGAGCUUUAGUCAGAUAGGACAUCUCAAUUCUCAUAAAAGAGUCCACACAGGGGAGAAGCCCUACAAAUGUAUGCAGUGUGCAAAGAGCUUCCGUUCCAAAAGUUCUCUUAAUCGCCAUGAGAGGAUCCACACAGGGGAGAAAAAGUAUGGCUGCAGAGUGUGUGCAAGGAGAUUCUUUGAGAGCAGAACCCUUGUUAUCCAUCAAAGGAUCCACACAGGGGAGAGACCCUAUAAAUGCCUGGAGUGUGGAAAGAGCUUUAUUGAGAAAGGAAAACUUAAUUCUCAUACAAGAGUCCACACGGGGGAGCGACCGUAUAACUGCAUUGAGUAUGGAAAGCAGAAAGAAAAUCUUAGUCAUGAAAGAAUCCAAACAGAAGAGAAACCAUAUAAAUGCACAGAAUGUGGAAAGAGCUUCUUUAGCAAGACUGGUCUUAAUGGCCAUCAAAGGAUCCACAUAGCUGAGAAACCAUAUAGUUGUAUGGAAUGUGGAAAAGGCUUUGCUUUAAUAAGAAAACUUAAUUCUCAUGAAAGGAUUCACACAGGGGAGAAACCAUAUCAAUGCACAAUGUGUGGAAAAAGCUUCCAUUUUAGGGGUAGUCUUAAUCGCCAUGACAGGAUCCACAGAGGAGAGAAAAAACUUAGUUGCCAGGAAUGUGGAAAGAGAUUCUUUGAGAAGGCAGCCCUUAGUAUCCAUCAAAGGAUCCACACAGGGGAGAGACCCUAUCAAUGCCCAGAGUGUGGAAAGAGUUUUUUUGACAGCAAAGUUCUUACUCGUCACCAAAGGAUCCACACAGGGGAGAGACCGUACAAGUGCCUGGAGUGUGGAAAGAGCUUUACUCAGAAAGCACAUCUUAAUUCCCAUAAAAUAACUCACACAGGGGAGAGACCCUUUACAUGCACAGAAUGUGGAAAGAACUUCGGUUUCAAAAGUUCUCUUAAUCGCCAUGAGAGGAUACACACAGGAGAAAAAGUAUACCCGAAGGGAGUAUGGAAAGAGAUUGAGAACAGAGCCCUUACUAUCCAUCAAAAGAUCCAUAUGGUAUAAACUGUAUAAAUGCCUGGAGUGUGGAAAUAGGUUUAGUCAGAAAGGCCGACUUAUUUCUCAUUAAAAAUUCCAUAUUAUGAAGAGACCAUAUACAGCUAGUCCUCAACUUACAAUGUUCAUUUAAUGACCAUUCAAAAUUACAAUGAAAAAAAUGAAAUAAAAGGAAAAAAAGUGACAGACCAAUUUUCACACUUACGAUUGUAAGGUCCCAAAAAUAUACUUGAGUCACCAUAAUGCCAAAAAGAGAGACUCAAUAUGAGGCUUGCGAAAGGAAACAUUUUAUUUAUGGCCAAAAACAAAAUACUGGAUGGGACUAUAUCCAGAACAUAGAGAUAAAAUGCAUGUGAGGAGAUAGCCACACCUUGGGGAAGAUAUGGCGUCUUUUUAUACCUUCAGAGACAUCAGCUUAGUACCCAAUUCUGGCCUCCUAGUUUAGGUUUGUGUAUUCCUCAUUGCCCUGCAAAGGAAUAGAAGCCUCCCAAUUAGUGUUCUCUCUUCCUUGAACAUUCCUUUGUUCUCCCAAUUGCUCAUUUGGCCCCCUGGGCUGCAGGGAACAGAUCAAAGGUGUAAGAUAGGACUGAAGUGUAAAUUAUCUCCCAGAUGAUGUCUGCAGUUCCAACCGAGAUAGGUACCAUGCUCUUAAAUAGCAUGAGAAAAACAGGAAGAAGAUUGAUAUGGGUUCAGAUCAAAUGAUAGGAACAUAUGCUUGAUAAAUACCAGAUACAUUACAGAGGCCUAAUAACAGAAUAUGUUUGUUACAGGAGAUACAAAUAUAUGUGUGUUAUACAAAUACAAAGGCUAUAUAUGUAUUACAGGAGCCUAAUGGUUAGAGAACAGCAAGUUUCUACUAAUUCUGGUAUACCAGUAUAUUAUAUUCUAGUAUUAUUUAUUAUAGCCUUAUUACUGUUUCCCUUCAUGAUCAUUGCAGAAUCCCCAUGAUCAUGUGAUCAAAAUUCAGAUGCAUGGCAACUGGUUCAUAUUUAUGACCGUUGCUGUGUCCCAAGGUCAUGUGUUCACCUUUUGCAAUCUCCUGACAAAGUCAGUGGGGAAGAUUCAAUUAACCACCAGCUUACUAACUUGCUAACUGCAUUGAUUCACUUAACAGUGGCAAGAAAGGUGAUAAAAUGGGGCAAAACUCACUUAACAAAUGUCUCGUUUAACAAAUUUUGGACUCCAUUGUCAUAAGUCAAGGCAUAUCUUCAUUUAUGAUUCUUACUCCAUUCAGGGUCAUGUGAUUUCCAUUUGGAAAUUUACAACAAGCACAGUCAAUGUGGGAAGGCAGUUUCACUUCACAACCAUAUGUAUGGUUGUUAACUGAACAACCAUACUUGAGAACGGCAGUGAUUUGAUGAAUGGGCAUAAAAGGUUGCAAACUGGGUCGCGAGUGACUUCAUUGCCUUACUUAGCAAUGGAAAUGGGCUCAAUUAUGAGUGUAAGUUGAGAACUACCUGUAUUACUAUCCUUCACUUCGAAAUAUCAAAAAAAUUGAUUUCAUUAAUUGAUUUUGUUGGUGGAGGGUGGCGCUUGUGCCCCAUGAACAAAUUAUGUUCCUCCUGAAAUCUGAAGCCUUUAUAAUUCCAGUUAUAAACCAGAGCCUCUAGCUACUCAAAAUGAUUUUGAACCAUAAUAAGGAAUGUCCUCCUUUUUUCUGUGCUCUUUGUAUGGAUUGGUAAGUAAAUCACAUUAUUGCAUUUGAUUUCAUUAUUAUGGAGAAAUGUUUCAAUGCUCUUUAUUUUCUGACCUUAAUUGCCCAAAAAUGCAAGUGGUGUUUCCUGUAAACUUCUUUUAAUCCAGAGAAUUACAAAGUAAUUGGAGAUGUUAAAAUGCAAACCUGCAUAGAGCAAAGAACCAAACAGGAUUGGCAUUCAAGGAACUUGCAUGGGCCUUGACCUAUAACACUCUAUGCAGCAGAUUAGCUAAUAAGAGUAUAUUGGACUGGUGGCAUUCAUAGUUUUAAAUCUUUCCAAACUCCUGAUAAGGAAUUGUUACUAUUUCUUAGCUGCAGGCAACAGAGCCUCAGCAUUAGAAAUUAAAUAACCAGAUUCAAUGGUCUUAUUGAUACAACUAAAAAACAAGGAGGGUAGGGGUUUUUUUGGCAUGCAGUUACACAGAGUAAAGUAUAAUAAUAAAUACAUUUAAAUUUUGGCUGCAUUUGUUGUAAAUCUAAGUUUUAAAGUCUUUGUUAAUCACACCCCAAAGAGCCAUAAGAUGCUUUGGAUGAAAUUUUAAGUUAUACUGAAAAAAUGAAAUAAAAUGAAAAAAGACCAAUUUUCAUACUUAAUGACCGUUGCAACAUCCCCACAAGUGUGUGUGUGAGCAAAGAGCAUGCACAGAAGGCCGUGUACAUGCUCACAUUUUUGGUGCUGGGACAUGCCGGUUGUUAAUUACCUAGUUUAAUGAAAAGGACUAGGAGAGACAUGAUAGCAGUGUUCCAAUAUUUCAGGGGUUGCCACAAAGAAGAGGGAAUCAAGCUAUUCUCCAAAGCACCUAAAGACAGGACAAGAAGCAAUGGGUGGAAACUGAUCAAAGAAAGAAGCAACUUAGAACUAAGGAGAAAUUUCCUGACAGUUAGAACAAUCAAUAAGUGGAACAACUUGCCUGCAGAAAUUGUAAAUGCUUCAACACUGGAAAUUUUUAAGAAAAUGUUGGAUAACCAUCUGAUUGAGAUGGUGUAGGGUUUCCUGCCUGGGCAGGGGGUUGGACUAGAAGGCCUCCAAGGUCCCUUCCAACUCUGUUGUUAUAUUAUAUUAUAUUAAUUUAUGUCUCCCUUCCCGGAGGUUAACAAGGCUACAAGAUCGCAGUAAUAUGAGAUUUUUCUCUGUUCUCUACUAUCUCAGUGUCUGGUCUUUUUCUUUUCCUCCAAAGAUUUAGCUAAAG